AUGGCCAAAUUUUGGAGGUUUUUGCUGCUGUCACCUGCUGCAGUGGCACAGCAAUGCGUCGAGCUCCUCAUCAUUGGUGACUACGGCACCAGGAAUCACAAUCAGGCGGCCGUCGCUCAAGGCCUAGCAAAGCUGGCGGGGGAAAGGCAGCCUCAGGCGGUGGCGGCCAUCGGUGACAACAUCUACCCCGAUGGUGCGGCCUUCAAUCCAUACACCAUCACACGCUGGUGGGGCGAUGUCUACAUGCCGCACGCAGAGUUGCAACGUCCUUGGCACGUGAUCACAGGAAAUCAUGACUGGUGGACAGACGCGCUGUAUGAGCGUGCCUACACUGGUUGCGCUGCCAACCAAGAGAAAGGCGGCCACUGGCAGUUGCCGCACUUUUGGUACAAGAAAAGCUACACCGCCAAGGGCCUCACAGUGGAUGCCUUCUACAUCGAUACUCAGAUCUGGAAGGGCAGCCCCAUUGUGGACAGCAAGUUGGGACCGGGGGCCCGUGAGGAACAGAAGCAGUGGCUUUUCUCUGGCCUGGCCGAAUCAACAGCGGAUUGGCGAAUCGUGCUGGGACACCAUCCUGUCUACUCGGCAGGCAACCAUGGCGUGACCGAGGUCUUGCUCAGUGAGUUGGACCCAAAGUUGCGAGAGCUGGGAGUGCCAGUGUACUUCGCAGGCCAUGAUCACAGUAAGCAGGUUAUCUACUGGGAAGGCAUGUCCUACGUGAUCAGUGGCUCUGGCGGUGCCACUGCCCGGGCGCGCUCCAACCAGUAUCCCGAAGGGAGCUUGAUGCACUACUUCCCUGACAAUGGCUUUGUGGGAUUGUCAGUGUGCAACAAGCAAAAAGCCACUGUCACCAUCUACAGCUCAGGAGGCGAUGUCCAAGCCACCUGGAAAGUCAGAAAUGCCCAGAAACAGACGCAGCGUGGGGCGGUCAAGCCGCAGCCUCGCUUGCAGUCCAAGACGGCCGUUUACAAGGCCGCUGCCUGCCACGAGGUCCAGCUGAAGUCCGUGGAGAAGUGGUGCUCUGCGGAUGGCUGCAAGGUCUUGGCAGAUAGCUCGGGCAGCUGCGCAGAUUUCUGCGGGGAGCAGACCUUGAGGUGUUCGAGGGCCUGGGCGCAGCCCGAGGAGGAGCAGGAUUGCACCGAAGGUGCUUUGCUGCCCUGUGAUGUGAAAGUAACAAAUUCCAGUUUGAUCUGUGAAUGUGCAGCCACCACUGCCACAUUCCUCCCUUGA